UUGUCAACCAGAAGUAUGACAUCCACCUCUUCGACGAGUUUGUCUUAAGGGGAAAUAUGGCAGUACUUCGAUGUCCAGUCCCCAGUUUCGUUAGUGAUUACGUCAAAGUGACGUCAUGGGAAAGAGUUGAUGGCUUUCUAAUCACUCCCGGGAUUAUCAGUGGAAAAUAUGGAAUGCUCGAAAAUGGAGAUCUAUAUUUCCGUGACGUCACAGAAAGAGAUAGCAGUUUCAGUUUCAGGUGCCACACUGAAAAUCUCAUUACUCGAGAAAAGAAAGUCAGCACGAAUUAUUCAAAAAUUAUAGUUACAGAACCCCAUCACAAUCAGCCACCUCGUAUCGUCCACCGAUCCAGUCGAGUAACCGCCAGCCUUGGGCAUCGCAUGACGCUCUCUUGCAUAGCCCAGGGUUAUCCUGUUCCCAUGUACCGAUGGCACAGGACUAUCGGAGGGCAGCGGAUACUGUCUGACGUGGGCUCUUCCGUAAGGCAAGAAGGAGGUGUUCUGAUAUUCAACAAGGUCCUCCGUACAGAUGCCGGACGAUAUUCAUGCCAUGUAAGCAAUUCCAUGGGAGAAGACCGAGUCGACAUGGAACUCUUAGUUGAAGAGCCUCUGAAAGUGAAUCUAUCUCCUCAACUGCUUCAGCUAGAUGUAGGUAAAACUGCACUCUUCAACUGCUCUGUGGAAGGUCAUCCAAUCGGCAGUGUCGUGUGGAAAAAGGACACGAGAUUUAUUGCUUCCAAUUCCCGAGUCCAAUUCCCAACUCCCACGUCGCUUCAGCUGCGACAGUUGAAGAGGCAAGACUCUGGAAUGUACCAGUGUUUCGUCCAUAGGGAUUCGUCUUCAUCCCAAGCGGCAGCAAGACUCAUUAUUGGAGAUCUGGCGCCUCAAUUCAAACUCGCAUUCCCUGAGAAAACAGUGCGCCCUGGAAGUUUCGUCUCCCUCAUGUGUAUAGCAAUCGGGAACCCGGCUCCUCAAGUGAAGUGGACAUUAGAUGAUAUAUGGACGCUUUCCACUCGACCAGGUGUUUUGGUGAGCACUUACUUGAGUGGUGGAGGUGAUGUCAUAAGUUAUGUGAAUAUCACAUCAGCCGAUGUCACGGAUAGCGGAGUUUAUACUUGCACCGCGUUCAAUGAAGCCGGCAGUUCAAGUCACUUCAGACGGUUGAACGUUUUCGGAUCUUUAUUCAUCAGACCUCUGAAUAAUUUAACUGCCUUAGCUGGGGGCACAUUUAAAGUGAUGUGCCCCUUUGGUGGAUAUCCUUUUGAUAGCAUACUCUGGAAAAAAGAGGGUCGCAUUCUUCCAGCAAAUCAAAGGCAAAAAGUAUUUCAAAAUGGAACUUUGUUGAUUACGGAAGUAGAACCGGAAAAUGACAACGGGCGCUACAGCUGUGAGGUUAGAUCUCAGCAAGGAGUUCCUGUGUCUCGAACAUUUCCUAUUUCUGUUAGAACUGGGCCGAAGAUCGCAAGCUUUAGCUUCAGAGACAACCUUCACGAAGGAAUGAGGACAGCAGUAACUUGUAUUGUUAUAGCGGGUGACGGGCCUCUGACGACAACUUGGCUUAAAAAUGGUCGCCCUCUUGAGGAAGAAGAACUUGAUGCGAUGGUCGUAUAUGCAGAUGAUGGUUUCGUGUCUACUCUAACAUUAAAAAAUUUGGGGUAUAGACAUAAUGGAAACUACACAUGCGUUGCCAAAAAUGAUGUGGCUUCUGGAUACUAUAGUGCAACAUUAACUGUAAAAGUUCCUCCUCGAUGGAUUAUUCAGCCCACAGACAUAUCAGCAGUUGCAGGACGUCCAGCGAAGAUUGACUGCCAAGCUGAUGGUGUCCCUCUGCCUCACGUUCGUUGGAAGGUAUCCACAGGUGAACCUCCUGAAAAGUUUAAGACCAUAGUCAGCAGCUCUCAUGUUCACAUUUUGGUGAAUGGAUCGCUCAAUUUCCGAAACGUGGAGACAACAGAUUCGGGAUACUAUUUAUGUGAAGCCAACAAUGGAAUUGGAACAGGUCUCAGCACAGUCGUCCGCCUUUCUGUCCAUAGUGCCCCUCAGUUUCAUUCAAAAUACACCAUGAUGGCAGCCAGGAGAGGAGAAAGAGCCACUUUGGAAUGCAGAGCCCUGGGCGACAAGCCUAUGUCUUUCACUUGGAAGAAAAAUGGUGUCAUUUUAGAUCCUCUUGCCGAAUCACGGUAUUCACACAUUUCUGAAGAUCUGCCACUCGGGGGACAGUCUAAACUCGUCAUCGAUAAAGUUGAAAAAAAGGAUUCCGCAUUAUUCACAUGCACUUCCCUCAACGAUUAUGGAGAAGAUAGUAAGAAUAUACAACUCACGAUACAAGAUAUACCAGAUGCUCCUCAGAGCACAGAAGUCCAUGAUGUAUCCAGUAGAAGUGUUCGCUUAUCAUGGAGCAAACCAUUCGAUGGAAAUUCACCAAUUACGCAGUAUACAGUCAUGUGGAGACAAAUUGGAGGCCAAAGCACCGGGGGGCCUUUGACAGUUCCUGGGACGGAGACAACUGUGGUAAUUCGUGGAUUAAAGCCGAAGAAUCGUUAUUUUUUUCGCGUGAAGUGCGAAAAUUCCCUUGGGGAGAGCCAGUUUGGAGCGGAAGUCGCUGUCACGACACUGGAAGAACCCCCAAGAAGAUCUCCUCAUGGCAUCAGAGCAAUCCCUUUGUCUUCUAGAUCAGUUAAUGUAACAUGGCUGAUACCCAAUGAUGAUGAGCCAGACAGUAUAGAUGGAUAUUACGUCGGUUAUAAAUCUCACAGCAAAUCCGAGCCAUAUAAUUUCAAGGCUGUCAAUGUGUCAAAUACGAGAAGUCCUUAUUUUGUUGUUGUGGAUCUAUCACCUCUUACAGAUUAUAGCAUUAUAGUACAGGCUUAUAAUGGUAGAGGAGCUGGACCACCAUCAGAACCUGUCAUUGUUCGCACGCUAGAAUUCGAUCGUCCAGCUGCUCCAGUGAUAAAAACAUAUUACGCUACUUCAAAAACUAUAAAGUUGUCCUGGGACCCACAGACUGCUCCAAAUGCUCCUGUAUCAGGAUAUAUACUUCAUCAUAGAAUGGAAGGCAGAGACUGGCAUGAGGUGCACCUAACAGGAGAUCGUAGUUCAUACACUCUGCAUGAACUUCAGUGUGGAACAUCAUACUCUUUUUACCUGGUAGCAUUUAAUAGUGCAGGCCAUGGGAACUCCAGUGAAAUUAUUUCUGCUAAAACAGAUGGCAGCGCUCCAAUAACUCCAGAAAAGGAUCGAUUGCUCACCGUGAACUCUACUAGCGUUUGCGUUAAUUUGAACAGUUGGCAUAACGGAGGAUGUCCUAUCACAUUUUUCGUCAUCCAGUACAGAGCAAGUGGUCAGCAGGAAUGGACACUAGUCAGCAAUAACAUUAUACCCGAACAGCAGAAUAUAACUAUUACGGAUCUCAGUCCGGGUACAUGGUAUACUCUUCUUAUGACUGCUAGGAACGAUGCGGGGACUACAGAUUCUGAAUAUGUAUUUGCAACUUUGACUUUAUCUGGAGAGCAUCCACCUCGUCCAUCUGAAGUGAGCGAUGUCAACAGUGCGUUUUAUCGCCACUUGACCAUCACUGUUCCGGUUGUUAGCUCUGCAAUCGUCCUCCUUGUGGUUCUAUGCGCUGUUUGUUUUAUUACCAGGAGAAGGACAACAGAUAGAGUUCAAAGAACACCAGAUG